CUAAGGGGUUAAUCCUCUCCAUUGUGUAAAAAGGAUGUUUGAUCCUGUCUUCUCUGAUCUUCCCUUUCUUCCAGUUUCUCCCUCUUAUCUCCUGAUAAGACAUAUUGUGUAGAGACAUGCACAUGCUCUGUUUGGUGUGUAUUGCUAGAGAGGUUUUUUUUUUUUUUCUUGCGAGAGUGCAUGUGAUCAGUACAGGGCCAAUCAGCACUGUCCAGACAGAGGUCAGGGGUUCUACAAGCUGUAACCAGUGCUCUGCUGAACACUGAUAGAAGUCACAAGAUUGCUAUAUAUUGCUGAUGAGAAAAGGAAUUUAGCAGUUUAUAUUUACUAAAUUAAUUGCAUUUCCAUGU